AUCCUGGGAUCUGCAGCAGGGUGUAUGCCAACCCUUGCUCCUCCUAGGAUGCUGGGGGGAAAGAGGCAAGCCAGACAGGAAGGCCUGGGGGCUGAUAGCACCCCGGGAAGGAAUGCCACAACACCCGGAUGAGCCAGUGAGGCCCAGGGGCAACGUCAUGGUUGCCCCGCCCUCGGCUGUCACGGUGCCAUGGCCUCUCCUUCCCCAGCCGGGCCACAUUCACAAUCAGCACACCGCCCGCCUUGCUGCUCCCAUGAGCCCAGAGACUCCAGGAAAAGUGAUGGAGGCUUCAGGAUCUUCUUCCCAGUCUCAAGACAACAAUGGAAUCCACAGAGAAACAGAAAACCUAGACUACCAAGAGACAGAGUUCCACAAGCAAGAUGGGAAGCCCCAGGAACGAUAUGAGAGAAAGAAGUCUUCCUCCUCCUCAUCUUCCUCUUCUUCUUCUUCCUCCUCAUCAUCUUCCUCCUCCUCCUCAGACAGCAGCGAUGAGGACCAUCAUUCCAGAGGCCCCAGGGAACACCGAAGGAAGCCACGAAGGGACGGCUCUCCUGGUGCUGACCACGGGGAACUGGAGGUGCUGAAAGACGAUCUUCAGCUCUGUGGAGGUGAUGCUGGGGAAAUGGUGCUUGCUGGGGAGACAGGACUCCGAAGGAGAGGUUCCGGCUCAGCAGGGGGAGAAGUGGAGGCCUCCCAGUUACAAAGGCUGAACAUAAAGAAGGACGAUGAGUUUUUCCAUUUCGUUCUCCUUUGCUUUGCCAUUGGGUCCUUGCUGGUGUGUUAUCACUACUAUGCAGACUGGUUCAUGUCCCUCGGGGUCGGCCUGCUCACCUUCGCCUCCCUAGAGACCAUCGGCAUCUACUUCGGGCUGGUGUACCGGAUCCACAGCGUACUUCAGGGCUUCAUCCCCCUCCUUCAGAAGUUCAGGCUGCCAGGAUUCAGGAGAACCGACUAAGAACGUUGCCUGAGAGCAGAUGAGCCACUCCCCGACGUGACCCCAGUCUCCACUGCCGUACCUGAGCCCAGAAGACAGAACCGACAUGCUGGAAGCCACCGGGAGGCCACGCCUGG